AAAAACAAUACGGAAACAAACAUGGCUGCCCCCAGUGCAGCGUGAGUGUAGCUGUAGACUUGCGUUAUCUGCUAUGGUGCGUGCUCCGGGUUUGUUCGUUAUGGAGUUGGAGAUUGGAGUUUUGCUGUUCUUAAUGGCAGCAGGUCAUGUGUCUGCUCAGAGUGAGGAGGAUGCGUCUUCCGACCCUUGGGUUUUUGUGCAUACAAAUUUAAUGCUUUUGUGGAUGAACAGAUUUUACAUCUAUGCAUGUGCUGGAAUUGGUAUUACUCUCUGGAUCUGCAGACAAUUUAUUAUGGGCAGAAAAAAUCACCAGGUGAAAACUUUAUCUCAGGAUGGCUCUUUGCAAGGAGCCAAUAAGCUUCUAAACGGUACUGAAGAGAUUCCAAAUAAAGAAGUCUUUGUUUCUGGGGUGAAAAUUUUCUAUGGCUCUCAGACUGGUACUGCUAAGGGAUUUGCUCAUGUCCUUGCUGAGGAUGUCGCACCUUUGGGGUUGCCUGUUGAGAUUAUAAAUAUGAAAGACUAUGAUGCAGAUGAUAAUUUGGUAGAAGAGACCACAAGUCGGAGUAUCUGUGUUUUCCUGGUUGCAACUUAUACUGAUGGGCAGCCCACUGAGAGUGCCAAGUGGUUCUGCAAAUGGCUGGAAGAAGCCUCCAACGACUUCCGCUUUGGAAAAACCUUCCUCAAAGGUUUGAGAUAUGCUGUAUUUGGACUUGGGAACUCUGUAUACACCAACCACUACAAUACAAUUGGUAAAAAUAUUGACAAGUGGCUGUGGAUGCUGAGUGCUACACGCAUAAUGACUCGCACCGAGGGAGACUGCAAUGUAGUGAAGAGUAAACACGGCAGUAUGGAAGCAGACUUUGGAGCCUGGAAAUUGAAAUUCCUCACCAGGCUGCAGGCUUUGCUGAAAGGGGAAAAGAAAACCUGCAGCGGGAAAUGUAAAAAGGGCAAAUGUAAAUCUAAGACCGAGCAUGGUACUGCUAAAGUGGAUGCAGACCAGAACCAACACAUGGACUCGGAACAUGAUGACUCUGAGCAGGAGGAACUUUAUGAAACCACCAGUGAGUCAGAAUCUGAAGGGGAGAAAGAAGCUGGAGACAGUGGUCUAAUUGAUGUAGAAGAUCUGGGAAAAGUAAUGAGCAGCAUGAAGAAAGCAAAGAGAGAACAAGGUGUUAAUGGAGAAGCUGGAAAUAUAGAAAAGUCUCGGCAGACUGCUGAAACCACAGGGAAUGAGGAGCCGAGAGAAAUGAUUACUCCUGCUCUCAAGGAGGCUCUGACUAAACAAGGUUACAGACUAAUCGGAAGUCAUUCAGGUGUUAAGCUUUGCCGAUGGACAAAGUCCAUGCUGAGAGGAAGAGGAGGAUGUUACAAACACACAUUCUAUGGCAUCGAAAGUCACCGGUGUAUGGAAACUACUCCCAGUCUUGCUUGUGCCAACAAAUGUGUCUUCUGUUGGAGACACCAUACUAAUCCAGUGGGAACUGAAUGGAAGUGGAAAAUGGACCAGCCUGAGAUGAUAGUGGAACAAGCCAUUGAGAAUCACCAAAACAUGAUUAAACAGUUUAAAGGGGUGCCUGGUGUAAAACCUGACCGAUUUGAAGAAGGCAUGGCCGUCAAACAUUGUGCGCUUUCUUUAGUUGGAGAACCAAUUAUGUACCCUGAGAUUAACCAGCUUCUCAGGUUGCUUCAUCAGCAGAACAUAUCCAGUUUUCUUGUUACAAAUGCACAAUUUCCAGAAGAAAUAAGGUCACUGGAGCCAGUCACACAGCUGUAUGUGAGCGUGGAUGCAAGUACCAAAGACAGCCUUAAGAAAAUUGAUCGCCCACUGUUCAAGGAUUUUUGGCAAAGGUUUCUUGACAGCUUGACGGCAUUGGCAGAAAAGCAACAACGUACUGUCUACCGGUUAACCCUAGUGAAGGCAUGGAAUGUGGAUGAGCUAAAAGCAUAUGCAGAUCUAGUCACCAUCGGCAAACCUGACUUUAUUGAGGUCAAGGGUGUGACGUACUGUGGUGAUAGUUCAGCUAGCAAUUUAACAAUGGCAAAUGUGCCUUGGCAUGAAGAAGUCAUUCACUUUGUACAGGAGAUGACAGACAUGCUUCCAGAUUAUGAAGUUUCAUGUGAACAUGAGCAUUCAAAUUGUAUGCUGCUUUCUCAUAAAAAGUUCAAGAUUGAUGGAGAAUGGUGGACUUGGAUUGAUUAUGAGAAAUUCCAAGAAUUGAUGCGCUCCUAUGCGAAGAGUGGUGGAACUGCGACAUUUACUGCUUUAGACUACGUUGCGAAAACUCCUAAGUGGGCUUUGUUUGGUUCCAAUGAGAGGGGAUUUGAUCCUGUAGAGACACGUUUCCAGAGGAAAAAUAAAGCAAAGGACAUUUCUGGGUGCUAGGCACAAUUCUCUGCUGUAUUGACGGUUUCUAUGCCUUUGGCCUAAACAUCUGGCCACCAUGUUUAUUAGACCAAAAAUGUUAGUGAUGCCAUUUGGUGAAGGGCCACAUCCCUCAUAUUUUGAAAGUGAAAAAAAAUAGUUUUUGGGUUUUGUACACAUUUUAUUUGUGUUUGUUUUUUUUUUUUACAUUCAUUUCUGUGUUUUAUCUCUGUUUGAUAUUUUAAAUCCGGUUUUCAGCUUAAUAAAAAGAUUUAACUCUUUCAUAUACUA